AUGGCGUCGUCGACUGCGUCGGAGCGCAAGGCGCGCCGCGUGGGGGACUAUCCGUUUGUGCUGGACUAUCGGACGCGAUGGAACGACAAUGACAUGUACGACCACAUGAACAACUCGGUCUACAACUUCCUCUUCGAUUCGGCCGUCAACGCCUACCUCAUGGAGCACUGCAGCCUGCACCCGCCCAACUCAGCGCAGCACCCCCUCGUGGCGCACACGUCGACCGACUUCUUCGCCUCCAUCGCCUACCCGGCCGUCGCCGAGGUGGGCGUGCGCGUCGCCAAGCUGGGCCGCUCCAGCGUCACCUACGAGGUGGCCGUCUUCGAGCGGGGCGUCGACGCCGUCCGCGCCGUCGGCAGCUUCGUCCACGUCUUUGUCGAGCGCGCCACGGGCCGCCCGCACCCGGAGGGCAUGGCGCCCGAGCUGCGGAGGGGGCUGGAGCGGCUGCUGGUGCGUGACGGAAAGGUGCCGGCCAAGAUUUGA